AUGGAUGAUCUGCCCGUCUACGAGAGGACUCUGAAAGAGUCUCAACUGCUCGAGCAGCUUCCCAGCGAGAUCGCAAACCUCGUUCGGUCUGCUUCGGGCACUCAGCAACUACAUGCGCUGGCGCUUGGCGCAUUAAAUCCGCAAUUAACGGAAAACGUCUUCAGACUUUACGAACCGAUCGUGGUGGAUCUGGCAGCUCGGUGGCUUCGAACCGAUAUCAGUGCUGACUAUAUUCAUGUACUGGCUGCCUUCGCACGGAUCCUACCUUACGCGCCGUAUCUACGACCUUUCGCAAGCCAAUAUGCUCUGUCACAAACAGGGCCACAGUCAGCCUUGACUGGCUCAAAAGAGCUCACCCUACGAGAAUUGGACAUACCCAGCACGCGAAACUUGCUCUUGGCUCUCUUUCGACUCCUUUCGUUCGACUUGGAGACUUUCUCCAAGGCCGUGUCCCCGAUUCAGCUCCAAUCGCUAUUCCCCCAUGAAGACCGAAUCGUCCGAUAUCUCGCCGUCCGAUGUUUCGCCCUUUAUAUGCAUGCAGCAGAUGCAGCUACCGAGAACAUGCUGCGUGUAAAUACUGGCAUCGAUCCCAUUGAAGGAGAUUGGGAAGGGAUCACAAUUGACUAUCGCCUUUUGGGCCUGUGGGAGGAGCGACGGUGGUCAUCACUUGCGAGUUCUAUCCAACACCGCAGGGACUCAAGGCUUGAUGAUGAAGUCAUCUCUCUUAUUGGGAGCACCCGUGACGCUUUUACCAACCGAUCCGCCGACAUUUGCGGUGUUCUCAUACCUCGUUUGAAGGACGCACACCCCUCCCCCUCGUCUGUUGUCAAGACCCCAACUGCAACCGGGAAUAUGCGUCUAAUUGCGACAUCGCUUCUUGGAACUAAGCCGAUUCUUUUGAUUGGUCUGCCGAACUCAGGAAAGUCGACGCUUAUCAAUGAUAUCGCUGCCACAAUGGGCCAGGCUGAGUCAAUGGUCACCUUGCAUCUUAACGAGCAGACAGAUGCAAAGAGUCUACUUGGAAUGUACUCUACGUCAUCUGCCACGGGAUCAUUUUCAUGGCAGCCAGGUGUGUUGACCAAGGCUGCGAGGGAAGGCCGUUGGCUUCUGAUCGAAGACUUGGACCGUGCUCCGUCUGAAGUGCUUGGCCUUAUUCUUCCAAUCAUUGAAAGAGGCGAGUUGACUAUCGCUAGUCGAAGGGAGCGUAUCAAAUGCGCUGAAGGAUUCAAAAUCAUCGCCACUAUGAAAUCUUCAUACAACAUCGCCGGUGAAGAACUCGCUCCAACCACCUCUAUGCUGGGAAGCCGGCUGUGGGAGAAAGUCCCGGUUGCCUCUCUUCCCGUGGAUGAGAUGCGGGAUGUGGUGUUGCAAAAGUUUCCUCUUCUUGAGUCCCGAGUCCCAAUUAUCAUGGAUGUCUAUGGCAGGGUCUGCGCUGCUUUCCACGGGAGUUUGGCGAUAAAGGGCUCCCAAGGACGCACACCUGGUUUCCGUGACUUGAUUAAGUUGUGCAGCCGCUUGCAUCGUCGUUUACAACGCAUUGGCGCGAAGACAGGCUUUGAAGCGACACCAGAAGGCUUCAAUGACGAGAUACUUCUGGAUAUUGUGGAUAUCUUCCUCAAGUACAUCCCAGAACGGUCAAUGCAAAUGACUCUCGCGUCGGUUGUUUCCGAAGCCCUGCAAAUCUCCCCUCAGCGAUCACAGUUUUGUCUUGAAGAACGGACUCCGACUUUCACUGAUAAGAAUAACUCGCUGGUACUCGGUCGUGAGAUUUGCCAGAAGAUCAAGGUGCCAAGUGGUGCUGCACAAAAGCUUGCUGCCGCUGCCUCGCGUUUUGCUCCAACCAGAUCUGCUUUGUCGAUCAUGGAGCAGGUCGCUGCCUCGGUGCAAAUGUCAGAGCCAGUCCUUCUUGUUGGUGAGACUGGUAUUGGAAAGACCACAGUCAUUCAACACCUCGCUACAUUGAUGCGACAGAAGCUCACUGUCGUCAAUCUGUCACAACAAAGCGAAAGCACGGAUCUGCUAGGAGGUUUCAAGCCCGUCAGCAUUCGUACAAUGGCGGUACCCAUGUUGGAUGAAUUCACCCAAUUAUUCGAGUUGACUUUUUCUGCGAAGAAGAAUCAGAAAUUCCUCUCGUCGGUAUCCAAAAGUGUUGCUUCAGGAAACUGGACCCGCUUGGUGAACCUUUGGCACGAGGCCGUUCGUCUGGCCAAUGGCGUUUUCAAUCCUGCGCCGUCGAAAGAGGCUGAGAAUGGCGAUGAACAGCCAGCCAAAAAGAGGAAGCUCGACUCCCCGAAAUACCAGCAUUUGCGACAGCAAUGGGGAAACUUUAUGACUCAACUUUCAGACUUUGAGGCCCAGGUUUCUCAAGGCGACGCGAAAUUUGCGUUUGCUUUCGUCCAGGGUAAAAUCGUGCGAGCCUUGAGGAACGGUGAAUGGGUUCUUCUGGAUGAGGUCAACCUUGCGUCUCCCGACACGCUUGAGAAUAUUGCCAGCCUGUUGCAUCAUGGCAGCGAAGGGUCUCCCUCCGUUCUGCUUUCCGAAGCUGGUGAUGUUGAGCGAGUGUUUGGUCAUCCCAACUUCCGCAUUUUCGGAGCAAUGAAUCCUGCAACAGAUGCCGGCAAAAGGGACUUGCCUCCUGGAUUGCGAUCUCGUUUCACGGAAUUCUAUGUGCAUUCGCCCGAUAGUGAUUUGAAUGAUUUGCUCGCAUUGAUUCAUAAGUAUCUCGGGGACCUGACUCUGGGUGACGAUCGAGUUGUGCCAGAUCUUGCCCGACUAUACAUGGAGACGAAGAAGCUCAGCAAUGAAAACAGACUCACGGACGGAGCCGGCCAGCGACCCCAUUUCAGUAUCCGAACAUUGGUUCGAGCUCUCAUUUAUGUCAUCGAUCAUGCGCAUGUUUAUGGCCUUCGCCGAGCGAUCUUCGAAGGUUUCAGCAUGAGUUUCCUUACUGUACUAAGCUUGGAGUCUGAACAGACUGUAGCUCCCCUUCUUGAAAAACAUAUCUUUGAGAAUGCAAAGAAUGCGAAGUCUUUGCUCGGACGAACGCCUCGUGCCCCAGACGACGGCCAUGCCUACGUCCAAUUCAAACAUUACUGGAUGCGACAGGGUCCUUUGGCACCAGAGGAACAAACCCAUUAUAUCAUCACACCAUUUAUCGAGAAGAACCUCAAGAACCUGGUCAGAGCCAGUUCGACUCGACGAUUUCCCGUUCUUCUGCAAGGUCCAACGUCCGCCGGAAAGACAAGCAUGAUUGAAUACCUGGCAAAGGUCUCCGGAAACAAGUUUGUUCGUAUCAACAACCAUGAACACACAGACCUUCAGGAAUAUCUUGGAUCAUACAUUUCUUCUGAUGAUGGGAGCCUGCGAUAUCAAGAAGGUGUACUGGUCGAAGCCCUCCGGAAUGGAUACUGGAUUGUUCUUGACGAGCUCAAUCUAGCGCCAUCCGAUGUACUGGAAGCUCUGAAUCGACUCUUAGACGACAACCGUGAGCUUUUCAUUCCCGAAACUCAGGAGGUGGUCCAUCCUCAUCCAAACUUCAUGCUUUUCGCCACUCAGAACCCCGCUGGUCUUUAUGGUGGCCGCAAAGUGCUCUCUCGCGCUUUCAGAAACCGUUUCCUUGAACUUCAUUUCGAUGACAUCCCAGAAAGCGAGUUGGAGUAUAUUCUGAAAGAGCGGUCUCAAAUUGCUCCAUCUUUCUGCUCCCGCAUCGUUUCUGUUUAUCGGAAACUAUCUCUCCUCCGCCAAUCGAAUCGUCUUUUCGAGCAGAAAAACAGCUUUGCCACUCUCCGUGACUUGUUCCGAUGGGCGCUGCGUGAUGCUGAUGAUCGCGAACAAUUGGCAGUAAAUGGCUUCAUGCUUCUCGCUGAACGUGUGCGCAAUCCUCACGAGAAAGCCGCUGUCAAGAAAGUGAUCGAGGAAGUCAUGAAAGUCCGCUUGGACGAAGCUGUCUUGUACGGUGACAAAGAACUUGAGAAGAGCCUGCCCCAAGCGACUGACCUUCCCUCUGGAAUCGUCUGGACUCAAGCCAUGCGGCGUCUCUUCGUCCUGGUUUCGAAGGCAAUCAAGAACAACGAGCCAGUUCUUCUAGUCGGAGAGACCGGGUGCGGCAAAACCCAAUUGUGUCAGGCUGUCGCCGAGGUCUUCAAACGCGAACUAUUCAUUGUCAAUGCACAUGUCAACCUCGAGACCGGUGAUCUUAUUGGUGCUCAAAGACCAAUCCGGAACCGUGCCGCGAUUGAAAAACAACUCUCAGACGAUCUGCAAGUGCUUCUUCACGGACAAACUUCCGCAUCAUUCCCCCUUGACCAGCUGAAGGAAGAAUUCUCUGCCCUGGAUAUGCAGCAGCGGGAAGACAAAGACCAAGGUCUUUUGCGGAAAGUUGAGAGAAACAUCGUUAGGUGCAAUGCUUUAUUCGAGUGGUCCGAUGGAAGUUUGAUCACUGCCAUGAAGACAGGCCAGUUUUUCUUGCUGGAUGAAAUUUCUUUGGCCGACGACUCCGUACUUGAAAGAUUGAACAGUGUGCUUGAGCCACACAGAUCUAUUCUUUUGGCUGAAAAGGGCCCGAUUGAUUCAAUGGUCGUGGCCGACGGAGGUUUCCAGUUUCUUUCAACCAUGAAUCCUGGUGGAGAUUACGGAAAAAGGGAGCUUUCGGCCGCCCUUCGCAAUCGUAUGACUGAAAUAUGGGCGCCUCAGCUAUCCGAGGACGAGGAUAUCUUGCCAAUUCUUCAGAUGAGGCUCACUCUCAAGCAGGAAGAAGUCGCCAGGGCCAUGCUGCAGUUUGCAAAAUGGUUCAAGGCAACUUUCCAAAACACAUCGACCACCUCUCUUUCACUUCGCGACCUUCUUGCCUGGGUUGACUUUGUCAAUACCUGUCAAAGUGCAGAUCCGUUGUUUGCCAUUAUCCAAGGUGCUGCCAUGGUGUUCGUUGAUACACUUGGCGCCAACCCAGCUGCCAUGCUUGCCAUAUCAUUGAACAAUCUGGAAGGAAACCGCCAGAAAUGCCUUGAUAAGCUGAGCGAGCUAUUCAACACCGACGCCUCCAAGAUCUAUUGGGAAUCCUCGACCGUCACUCUUGAGCCUGAGUAUCUGAGAGUAGGACCAUUCUCACUACCAAGAGUUGGCGACGUCGAUGCAGACCCGCAAUUCACCAUGGAUGCUCCCACGACGAUAGCUAAUUGCGUUAGGAUCGCACGUGGUCUGCAGUCUUCCAAGCCGAUUCUCAUGGAAGGUAGCCCUGGUGUUGGCAAAACCACUCUUGUGACCGCGCUUGCGAAGGCGCUUGGAAAGCCUCUCACGCGAAUCAAUUUGUCAGAGCAGACAGAUCUUACAGAUCUAUUUGGAUCUGAUGUUCCGGUGGAGGGAGGAGAUGUGGGUCAGUUUCAGUGGCGAGACGCCCCAUUUCUUCGAGCAAUGCAACGCGGCGACUGGGUGCUGUUGGACGAGAUGAACCUGGCCUCUCAGUCCGUUUUGGAGGGUCUGAAUUCCUGCCUCGAUCACCGUCAGCAAGUUUAUAUUGCGGAGCUUGACCAAACAUUCAAGCGACACCCUGAUUUUGUUCUUUUUGCAGCACAGAACCCGCACCACCAGGGUGGUGGCAGAAAGGGACUUCCUGCAUCAUUUGUCAACCGUUUCACUGUCGUCUACGCAGACAGCUUCACAGAUGCCGAUUUGAAGAAAAUCUGCGCCAAGCUUUUCCCUGGCAGCCCUAUCUCCCAGACCGAACUAUUGGUUGACUUCAUUUCCGCUCUUAACAGAGCCAUUGGCAUAGAGCGGAGGGUAGGAGCUGUUGGUGGUCCGUGGGAGCUCAAUCUGCGAGACAUUCAGAGAUGGCUGCAGCUGGCAGAUCGCGGAAAUCUCCAGAUUCCUACCAAACAUUUCCUCGAUGUUGUCAUCAAUCACCGAUUCAGGAGCGAAGAAGAUCGGAUUCUGAUUUCGCAGCUCUAUGACCGCAUUUUCCCCAACCCUGACGCUGUUCCGAAAAGCUAUUAUCACAACCUGACUCCAGACUACCUGCAAGUCGGAUUGGGAAUCUUAUCUCGCGACCCAAUUCUUCAACGUUCAGCCGAGCCCCAGAUGAAGAUUCUGCCGAAGGAUCUCCAUAUUCUUGAGUCUCUUGUUCUCUGCAUUGAUAACUCCUGGCCCAGCAUUUUGGUUGGUCCCACUGGAUGUGGAAAAACAACUCUCAUCAAGAAGCUGGCAGCUGUGAAAGGUGCAAAUCUAGAGGAGCUUGCCCUGAGUGCCGAUACCGAUACUAUGGAUCUCAUUGGCGGGUUCGAGCAAAUUGACCACAGAAGGGAAGUUUCUUCCUUUGUGCAUGACAUUGAACUUUUCUUACGACAACAAGUCAUCCACUCUUUUGCUUCGGGGGAUGUUACCGACGAUGUGGCCUCGGCUCUUCAAAUUUGUCAACAUUUCCAGACCUCAGAGACAUCGUUGGAGACUGUAAUCUCUUCGUUGUCAGCUCUUUGCCAGUCAUAUUCUGACCCAACCCUUCAACGGUUUCUCGAACGAGCCCAAGGCUUAUGGGAUACGAUCCGCCACUCAGAUACGAUGAAGGUUGGAUUCGAAUGGACAGAGGGUGUUCUGACUCGAGCAGUCCAGAAUGGCUAUUGGGUUGUUCUUGACAACGCCAAUCUGUGUAACCCAUCUGUUUUGGACAGACUCAACUCCUUGACGGAGCCCAAUGGUACUCUCAUUCUCAAUGAACAACGUACUGAGGACGGAUCAGCUCGAAUCAUCACGCCCCACCCGGACUUCCGACUCUUCUUGACCAUGGACUCACGGAACGGAGAGUUGUCUCGUGCUAUGCGAAACAGAUGUGUUGAAAUCUGCUUCAUGUCAAAUGAGCUCCAGGAUAUUCCUGUCCCAACCGGCCCAUCAUACACCUGCGAGUCCUCGCUCUAUCGCCUCCGCCAUAUUUGGAAUCUGGAUGCGACUACGCGGUUUGCAAACCCCCAGGGUUCAUUCGAGAUCUGUUUGGAUCAUCUUUCGCCUACAGAUCUUUCCUAUCUCCAGAAGACACCACGCACAUAUCCCCCUUUCCAUGCCAAGGCUGACGAGGACUCACCCUUCUUGUCUGCAUUGCAGCGUCAUGCUUCUGCUCUUCAUGAAAAUUCACAGUGGAAGCCACUCAACGUUGUUGCUGGGGAGAUCACAAUGGGCGGAGCACGUUUGAGCCUCCAAGGGACGUGGCAGCCUAUCCAUCCUUUGACCAACGAGCCGCUAGUGUCAAUAACAGGGAUGCGUGAUUACCGAUCCAGCCUGACUGCUCUGUCCUAUCUCGAAGAGUUCAGACUUGAGACCCAUCGACUCCGGCAGAGCUUAAUUCGAGCCAAUGAGUCCAGUCAGCAGCUCAAGCAAAGUCAAAUGACCCGACUGGAACGAUCUUUGGCAUCGACUCGGAUCCAAUCUCUGAUGAAAGAUUCAACGCAGCCAGUUGGAAUAUUCCUUUCUGAGUGUGGCCAAGCUUUGCUUGAUUUCAUUCAAGGCUUGGGAGAGGGCAGUCUCCAGUCCCCUGAGAUUGUAGCUGCGCUUCGGACAAUUACUAGUCUUUGUUGGGAUAUUUAUAAAAUCACAAACGUGGCUCAAGUUGAUGAGGGAGAGUUCCAGGUUUAUCUGGAGAUCGGCAGACAAGUGUGUACGACUUUGCUCAACUCAUCUUCUAUUCUGGGACCGCUGGAGAAAGCUCUAUCACGCGCACUCGGUCGUUUCCGAGCUGGCUGGGAGCUCACCACAGGACUGAGCAUGCAGAGGAUUUGGGACUCAUGGCGACAUGUCACUCCUGCUUCACAUGAACAGCUCACGUCAUUGAUCGAAUUGGAAAAAACCGUGUCAGACUUUACUUCGCUUGCUCUGCAAACCCGCGUGGAACUGUCGCAACUGAGCCAGAUUUGGGACUCGCUGUCAUCUGCUCAGCGAUUCAUUCUUGUGAAUGGCGCGGACGGUGAUACCCUUGUACAGGGUAUCAAAGAAACUGUUACAGAGCUUGGUCAAGCUGUCCGACGUUCCGAUUCAGCGGAGUAUCCGUACUUUGCAGAGGAUUUCGAGACACUUUGCCAAUACCAUGAUCUCGCCCAUGAUUCGGUUCAAUCUAAAUUACAAACGGUCGUUCCCUUGCUGGCUGGUCGCCCGGCUCGUUCUUUCGAUUCAUCCGCCACCCAUAGCCGUGUGCCCGAACUCCUUCACCGAAUCACCCUGUUUUCUGGUGCAGGCAGUAGGCCCCCAUCUGCCAUUGGCGACGUUCUGUCCUUGUCAUUGUUGGCUCGACUUGCAUCGGUCGGUGCUACAACUCUUGGUCAAAUGGACCUGCUGCAAGCCGAAAAGCAGGCUCUCUCAAAAGCACUUUCUCUGAGCAGUGAAAACAUUGCAGUUGAUCAGCCCAGUAACCUCAGACGUGCUAUUGCGGCCUUGACAGGAGAAAUGAUCUCAUGCCAUCGGGAACUGUUUGAUUCUCAGUGUGCGGAUCAAAUGAUCGCUCUACUCCAGGCUGUCGAAUGUGGAAACAAGGCAGAUGAGUCUGUGAUCCCAAUCCAUCUGGACACACAUGUUGGACAUGAGCACGUCUUAAGAAGCUUUACCCCGGGUGACCUUCAGAAUCUCAUCAAGUCUCUCUCCUCUACUCCGCCCAAUCGCAUGGAAAGCGUCCAUUGCACUGGUUUUGCCGCAGUCCAGCUAGCCGUUAUUCUUUUACGUCUCUUCGUUCCGGAUAAGGCUUUCGAUCCUUCACUUGGUCUCGUCGUGCAACGAAAGCGUCAUUACGAACGCGUGGGCGAAAUCAGUGCCAAGCUAGAUGCUAUUCUCUCCUUCGAGAGCAAAUUUUCUGGCCACUCGUCUAACUUGCGUUCCAUUCUCCUGGAAGAAGAGAUCAAACAACUGGGAUCUGCUCCGCCUCCUUCAUCUGUUACUCGGCCACAACAGUCAGAGUUGAGUCUUCUACAAGGAGAAUUUGGUAACUUGAUCAAUUCUGUUCUGAGAAGGAAUCCCGAGGAGAUGGUUGCGACAGUCGAAAGCGCCUCAGCGUCUAAGGAGACAAUUCAGCUUCUGCGCGAGAACAUUCAGCAGCUCAGCAGCCGACUCCGCACGCAUUACAGAUCCUAUGACGAUAUCACAGUGCCCGUUGCUCGUUUCCUCCAACUCCUCGACGUUGGUCUUUUCCUGAGCUCCAGCGAAACCGAGCACACUAGCGAAAUCGAUGACAUUCAAUCCUUGAGUGAACGGACACCAUUCUUGGGUGGAUCAGCACACCCGGUUCUCUCUUCGGGCAAGGCCAGCCAGCAAUCGAGUCUCAACAAUGCGAUUGAAAUGCGUCUUCACGAACUUUCUGGAGUCUGGGCUGCCAAGGACGCAGAUUCUGGGCUUCUUGGUCUCAAAUCUAGCCAUGACGCAAUUCGUCGUAUUUUUGCUGAUUUCCAUCAUCUUUGGAAGACAAAGCUUAAAGAGGACCAAGAGAAAGAAGCAGAAAAGUCCAAUCUGUACCGCUACCGAGGUUCGUGGGAGGACGAGGAAGAGGUCAACGAGGCCGAACUUCACGAGCUGUUCCCCACCUAUGAUGAAGGUGCUCCUCUAGAUCCGCAAGAGGUUGGUCGGAUUGACCCCAAGCAAAUUGCUGUGCGCCUUGCCUCACUUCAUGCCAAGAUUGUGAGCAGCCAGCGUACUGGGGAGGCAUUGCCCUCGUUCGUCAAGCAAUCUGCACGUUUGUUGGGUUCGAUUUGGUCCACAAACAAGAGUUCAUUCUCUCCUGUGACAUCUGGUGAUUUCUUGUCUGCAGUUUUUAUGCUUCUCGACGAGGUCAUGAACGAAGACAACCAAGACCGACAGAAGAAUUACAACUUCUACACCGACUCCAAUUUGGCAGAAGCUAGGAAGCUUGUCAACCUCACUUUGGCUAUUCAAGCUCGCUUUGUGCAGAUUCAGUCUGCAUGGCCCGAGCAUGCCGUACUCGCCGAUGUGAUUAACUGCUGCUCUGAAAUUCUUCAAUUCAAGUACACCGAGCCUGUUGCCAAGUUCCUGACUAAGGUCGAAAAGCUUCAUUCCUACGUUCACGAAUGGCAGCUAGUUGCUAGCAGGGAAUAUUCGGCAGCGCCGCAGUAUGACGAGAUCACCAGCAUGACUGUCGGCUGGCGUCGUCUUGAGCUUACCACCUGGGCGAAACUCUUGGAUCUCGAGAAAGAUCGAUGCGAAAACGAUGUCAGCUCCUGGUGGUUCGUCGCCUAUGAAGCUCUCUUUGCGGUGCCCCUGCAGAUGGCCGAAUCUGGUGAGCACGACAUGAGUGAGCACAUUCACGGUGUCAUUUCGACGCUGGAACAAUUCUUCAACUCCACCACCUUGGGCCAAUACGGUCGUCGUCUCCAGCUUGUCUCUGACUUCAAAUCGCUGCUCGAGGUCUUUUCCCAUGAUUACAACUGUCUGACACCACUUGUGUCCGCGCUGAACAACUUCAUUGCCCAUUACCGACCUUUCCAGCCGUCCGUCGACAAGAUCCUGCAUGAAAAGCGAUCAGCGUUGGAGAAAGACCUCAAGGAACAGAUUCAACUAGCCAGUUGGAAGGAUACCAAUAUUGUGGCACUCAAGGAGAGUGCUAGAAGGUCGCACGUCAAGCUGUUCAAGCUGGUCCGCAAGUAUCGUGAGGCUCUCGCUCAGUCUGCUCAGCCAGUUCUCGAACAAGGUCUUCCGGAUGACAUGGCAGACUCCAAUGGGCUUCAUGAGAAGACAUUGCCAACUAUUGUGUUCCCCGAGGCACUGUCAAUUUGUGAGAAGGAGAAUGAGUUGUGGUCGUCCCGAGCUCUUCGAUUCCGCAAUCCUGAAGGCACAGCCCGCAACAUGAUGAAUCUGUAUUCGUCUAUUCCGCGCGAGUUCGAUAUUGCUAAGGAUCUCGAUGAAUUCACCGUAUCCAUUAUCGAGGGUAUCAAGGAGUUCAAAUCUCAAACACCGAAGACUCUGACCGAAGAGAACAAGGACGAUGUUCAACAUCUCAAGGUUCAAAAGCGUCGUCUUUACGCCGAUACAUUGAAACAACUUUUCGAAAUGGGUGUGAAGCGUAACGCCGGUACAAGUGUGAUCGAGACUCAGGCAUCGCUUGCUCAGAUUCUUUCAACUUGCGCUUCAUUUGAGCCCGGCACCGCCGUAUUAAACUCUACCCAUAGUGCCGACUCAUAUUUCCAUCGACUCUUGGACCUGUUGCCUCGUGCUCGCCUUGCGUCACGGAACUACUCUGAAGAACUCAGCAACGUCGAGGUGUCCCGGAGUUUGGGCUCGAUUGAACAUUUGUUGUUCAUGAUUCGACGACAGAGAGGCGUCAUUGCUCCAACUCUGUCUGGUCUUGAUUCUUUCAGGGCCGUUCUGGAUAAAAUGCGGAGCCUUUGGUCUACUGGGUCAGCCUCGCUGGUCAAGUGCAAUCCCACCGCUAGCGAAGAGCACACCAGUCUGGCCCGAGCCGUGGCAUGGUUGGCACCAAUUCUGGGCCUUGCAUUGACAAUCAUUGAAGUGCAUUCUAAGUUCUCUGGCAUUCAGGCGUCCACGAUCUUGGAAGAGCUUGGAUCGAGAAAGGCUUCAUUUGAAGAGUUGCUCAAAUCCCUCGGAUCGCUACCCAAGCUCCCAUCUGGCGUUUCCUCUGUCGCCCAGCAAGAGUUCACUCAGAAGACUCGCUCUUCUUUGGAUAAGCUCUCUCUCGAUCUCAACAGAUGGUCCCAAGAUCGCCCCGAUCUCGCCUUUGCCCUAAACCAGAUCUCCCCUUGGGUCCAGUCAAGCAACAUUGCCCCUGCACAGCCAAACCAAAAGGGCAACGUUUCCACCCAAGCCUUUGACAACAGGCUUCUAGCUGCGAUCGACAAGAUGCUCGUUGGCCUCCAGCACCUCAAGGAAGUGCCUACUACGAUUAACUUUGCUGGCUUUCUAUCAAGAAGUGACGAGUUCUUCUCUCGAUCCUCUAAGGCCGUCCGCAUCAAUGAGAUUACGUCCUCACUUGCAAUGGUACUCGACCAGUUGCAAUAUCUGCAAGACAACUCCGCCAGUGGCCUGCCCAUUGCCGCUGCAUUGGUUGCUAGUAUCCUGCCUAUUGCCAACCAGUACUUCUACAUCUGCCAGGACCUAUGUGACCGAUUUAUUUCCGCCCACCGCGAGAUUUGCAAGACUUCUUACAUCCUGACCAAGACUUUCACCCAAGUCGCAUCCGAAGGCUUCUGCAGUCCCGCAGAAGCGUCCCAGGAAGAAGGCAAGGAGGGCAAGCUGGAAAGUGGAACUGGUCUUGGUGACGGUGAGGGUGCAGAAGACAUCAGCAAAGAUGUUGGCGAUGACGAAGAUCUCUCCGAGCUCGCCCAGCAGGGCAAGAAGGAGGAUGUCGAUGACGAAGAAAUGGAUGAUUCUGCCGACGCUGUCAACAUGGACCAAGAAGAAAUGGAGGGCGAGACUGGUGAUCAUAAAGAGGAAGAGGGUGAUGAAGAUGAGCAGGACGACAAAGAUGAGGCGGGUGAGGACGACAUUGAUGAAGAAGUCGGUAGUGUUGAUGAUCUUGAUUCCGGUGCUGUUGACGAGAAGCUGUGGGAUGGAGAAAACGAUGAACAGCAAAAGGAGACAGAAAAUGAGGAAGGAAAGGGCCAGUCUGAGGCUGAUCAGCAAACUGCUGCUCAAGACCAAAAGAAGGCCGAUGAAGGUCCUAAGGGAGAUGAGGAAGAAGGUGAAGAGGAGGACGAAGAGGAUGAAGAGGAUGAAGAGGCUCCUGAUGAAGAAGGUGAGGCAGUUGGCCGUGAGGAGAUGGAUGUCACCGAUCCUCAGACCAAGGAGGAAGAGACUCUUGAUCUCCCGGAGGAGAUGCAGCUAGAUGGCGAUGACAAUGACGGUGGCGGUGAAGAGGAAGACGAUGGCAUUGAUGACAUGUCAGACAUGGGACCGCUUCCCGAGGAGGAGCAGAAGACCGAUGAAAGAGACGAUCAACCUGGAGAAGAAGAUGCAGACAUGCCUGCGGAUGAGCAAGCUCCUGGCGAAGAUGAGGAUAUGGAAGGCGAGGGUGAAGAAGAGACCAACGAAGGAGAAGGCAACGAAGAAGAGAAUGAAGCUGGUGGAGAGGAGCCCGAAGAGCCAGACCAGGACGACUUCCUUGCCCAGCAUGACGACAACGAAGCCGCUGGUGAUGAUGUUGCAGAAAGUGAAGCUGUCACUGGUGGCCUGGGCAAUGAUCAGGAUCAAAACGACAAUGGUACUUCCGGCGACGCACAGCAGGAGAGCGGUUCAAACGACCCCAACGCAAAUGCUGAACAGAAGACUGGUGCUGCCAAGGACAGCGACGAAAGCAAGCGAAGCCGUGAUGCUGGUGGAGCCGAAGAUUCUGCGCCGAAUGAACCUCAGAUCCAGGCCUUCAAGAAGCUGGGGGAUAUCCUGGAGGAAUGGCAUCGUCGUCAAAAAGAGGUGCUGAAUCCAUCGCAAGAAGAGGAAGACUCGCAAGCUUUGCCGCAAGACACCGACAUGGCAGAUGCCGAUUUCGAGCAUCUCAAGGAUGAUGAUGACCAGGCCGAUACUCAAGCCUUGGGACAAGCCAGCGAGGAACAGGCCAAGGCUCUUGACCAAAACAAGGGUGUCGAGUCUGAGAACAAGCCUGGAGACAACGAAGCGUUGCCAGAUGUUUCCGAAGAGUACCAAGAUGCUCUCGACAACCAACUCCAAGACGAGAUGCAGAUCGACCGCGAGCUCGUUCCCAACGACGGUCAAUCCGCUGGAGCUUUCAUCCCGGGUGACCAUACUUCACGCGAUCCAGCCGAGGGUGCUCCGGGGGCACAAGAACUGACUGAGGAACUUGACGAAGUCGACACUCAGCUCGCGGCGAUCCAUCUAUCUUCUUCGCUCCCGCCAUUGACCCCAGAAAGCGAAGCCCGUCGCCUCUGGUCUCACUACGAAUCCGCCACCAACGACCUCUCCCUCUCUCUCACCGAGCAACUCCGUCUCAUCCUGGCCCCGACUAUGGCUACCAAGCUCCGUGGUGACUUCCGCACCGGCAAACGACUCAACAUCAAGCGCAUCAUCCCGUACAUUGCCUCCCAGUACAAGCGCGACAAGAUCUGGAUGCGUCGUUCGAUUCCCUCCAAGCGCAAUUACCAGAUCAUGCUUGCCGUCGACGACAGCAAGUCAAUGCUAGAGAGCGGCAGUGGCCAGCUUGCCUUCGAGACCCUCGCUCUAGUCGCAAAGAGUCUAAGCAUGCUCGAAGCUGGCGACCUGUGCGUACUGGGUUUCGGCAGUGAAGACCACGUCCGCGUUGCCCACGAAUUCGGCAAGCCAUUCUCCUCCGAAGCCGGCUCACAAGUCUUCCAGCACUUCAGCUACCAGCAAACCGGCACAAAUGUGCGCAAGCUGAUCGCCGAUUCCAUUGCGCUCUUCCGUGAAGCAAAGUGGAAGCGUUCGCCUGGCUCUGGCUCUGCAGACCUUUGGCAACUCGAACUGAUUAUCUCUGAUGGUAUCUGUGAAGAUCACGAUACUAUUCGUCGUUUGGUGCGCCAGGCUCUCGAAGAGCGCAUCAUGAUCGUGUUCAUUAUCGUUGAUGCUGUCAAGGGUAGCUCCAUUCUGGAUCUUUCGCAGGCUAGCUUCCAGCCUGAUGCUGCUGGUGAGAUGAAGUUGCAGAUGAAGCGGUACUUGGAGCAUUUCCCCUUCCCUUACUAUCUUGUGGUUCGUGAUGUGAGAGAACUUCCUGCUGUUUUGGCGACUGCUCUGAAGCAGUGGUUUGCCGAGGUUGUUGAUGUGUCGUCGUAA